GCGCCGCUUCCGGUGCGGGCCCCGCCCCGGCUGUGGCCCCCGGCUGCGGAGGAGUGCGAGACGCAGCUGCUGCGGCGGGGCCUGAGUGGCUGCUUUCACCCCCCCCCCCCGGUCGGACCCGGAGAGCUGCGCACAGGUUCAGACCCAGUGUGCCCACUGGGCUGUGCCCAGGUUCAGAGCCAUGCCAAUCGGUGGGUGAAACUCGAGGCAGUGAUGGAGCCACUGCAGCAACAGAAGCAGCCACCACCACCGCCACCGCCACAGCCACCACACCUGGCUCCUCUGCAGAUGGAUGCCAGGGAGAAGCAGGGACAACAGAUGAGGGAAGCCCCAUUCUUAUAUGCCCAGAAGUUGGUCACGCAGCAGACUCUCCUUUCUGCCACCCCUGGGAGGUCUUCUGGCAGCCCUGCCCUGGGGCCCUUAGCCAGAGUUCCACCAGCCACAGCAGUGGCCCGAGUGUUUGAACGGAGCAACGUGAACUCAGAGCCUGAGGAAGAGGAAGGAGGUCUGGAAGAUGAGGAUGGGGAUGAUGAAGUUGCAGAGGUGGCUGAGAAAGAGGCCCAGGCUCCUUCAAAGUAUUUUCAUGUGCAGAAAGUGGUUCGCCAGGACCCCAGAGCAGCACCCGUGUCCGGUCUGCUUCCAGCGCCGGCGCUCCCGCCGCGGGGACAGCAAGCUAAAGAAGACCAUACCAAAGAUGCUUCCAAGGCCCCACCUUCCGUCUCCACAGCUGGGCAGCCGAGCUGGAAUCUGGAUGAGCAGCUCAAGCAGAAUGGUGGUUUGGCCUGGAGUGAUGAUGCGGACGGAGGCCGGGGAAGAGAGAUCUCUCGAGAUUUUGCCAAGCUGUAUGAACUGGACGGUGAUCCGGAAAGGAAAGAGUUCCUGGAUGACCUCUUCGUCUUUAUGCAGAAGAGGGGGACUCCCAUCAACCGAAUCCCCAUCAUGGCCAAGCAGAUCCUGGACCUAUAUAUGCUGUAUAAGCUGGUGACGGAGAAGGGGGGCCUGGUGGAGAUCAUCAACAAAAAAAUCUGGCGGGAGAUCACCAAAGGCCUGAACCUGCCCACAUCGAUCACCAGCGCCGCCUUUACCCUGAGGACCCAGUACAUGAAGUAUCUCUAUGCCUACGAGUGUGAGAAAAAAGCCUUGAGCUCCCCGGCCGAGCUCCAGGCAGCCAUCGACGGCAACCGGCGGGAGGGCCGGCGGCCCAGCUACAGCUCCUCCCUCUUUGGCUACUCGCCUGCUGCUGCCACUGCUGCCACCGCCGGGGCCCCCGCCCUGCUCUCCCCACCCAAGAUCCGCUUCCCCAUCCUCGGGCUGGGCUCCAGCAGUGGCGCCAAUGCCAGCAGCCCUCGGAUAUCCCCAGCAACCACUCUCAGGAAAGGUCUGCAGGGGCCAGGGAGGGGGGGGGAGGAGGGAGGCAGGGAGGGAGUGGGAGAGCCCGUCGUCAGGUGCGAGGUCUGUGCAGCUCUGGUGCCUUUGCCAGGUGAUGGAGUCCCAGUGACGACGGUGCCUGUGCCAAACCGCCUGGCUGUGCCCGUGACCUUGGCAGGCCAGCAGGCCGGGCCCCGGACGGCCGCGCUGGAGCAGCUGCGGGAGCGGCUGGAGUCAGGGGAGCCCCCGGAGAAGAAGGCCUCCCGGCUGUCGGAGGAAGAGCAGCGCCUGGUGCAGCAGGCCUUCCAGCGCAGCCUGUUGAGCAUGGCGCGCCAGCUGCCCAUGAAGAUCAGGAUCAAUGGCAGGGAAGACAGAACAGAGGCCUCGGCCGCAGCGCUGAACCUGGCCACAGGCAGCAUCGGGAGCAUCAACAUGUCCGUGGACAUCGAUGGCACCACCUACGCAGGUGUGCUGUUUGCCCAGAAGCCCGUGGUCCACCUCAUCGCAGGGUCUGCCGCCCAGAGCAUGGGCGGCAGCGGCAGCGGCAGCUCUCACUGCUCAGCCAGUCCUACCUCGUCCCGGGGCACCCCCAGCGCCGAGCCCUCCACCAGCUGGUCCCUCUGAGGGGCAGGACCCAGCUCCCCGUGCCCCGCUCUCCUGUCGAGAGUGAAGGAGGUUGAUGCACAGAAUUUACCUCAUCUCACGGAGCCCACAUCAAACACCAUGUGGCCAGAUGUUGAGAGUUUGGACAUGUCCGUCUGUCCGGGCUCCGUUCGGGUCCUGCUGUACUCUGGGGACAGGGAGAGGCUGCAGGGGCAGGACAGGGCAGCGUUGUCCAAUCAGGGAUUGUGCUGGAGAACUGGGCGGGGUCUGUGGGCAGCCAGCUUCCUCCGGGGUUCCCAGGCCACCUCCCGUCCCGGGCACAGUGUAUCGACAAUCUGUAAGCCGGCACAGGGCUGGAGGCCCUCCAGAGCCCUUCCCCUUAAUUUAUUUCCCUUCCCCUGCUUUCUGCCAUGACCCUGGGGUCACUGGCCUCUUCCCCUGCUCAGCCCUUCAGUCUUUAACUCCCAUGUUGGGGCUGCUAGGGGCCAAGACAAUGCCUUCAUGGCCUUUCUCCGCUGAGCAUGGGAUGGGGCCCUCCUACCCACCUCACCUACCAUGUUUGGUUCCAGGGGUGUGGGUCCCUCAUAUUCAAGUCUUGAAGCUAUCCUCAGGGCCCCAUGUCCCUCUUUUAAUGGUCCCAAGAAAGGGCACAUGAGGGCAGUCCUCAGGCCCCAGAGCUUACUGGGUACCUGCUGAGGGAGAGGCAGAGCCUCAGGGGGCUGCCCAGGCAGGCCCUGGCACCCGCUUUCACACUGACCCUUUUCUGGCCCUCCCAGACCUCACGCUCUCACUCGCCCUUUUGGCCACCUCUCCCAGGAAUAGCCCACUUGUCCCUCGGGCCCUCCCUUCUCAUGGGGUCACCUCAGCCCCAGCAUCCCCAAACCUGCUGAUGUCAGGUUCAUUGAAAUACCUCAGAUUUGUAAUUGUUGAUGUUUGAUUCUUCAGGAAGUAUUUGCAUCUCAUAUCUUUUUUAUAUGUGUUUUGCUGACUUUUUUGUUUUUAAUUUUUAUUGUUGUUAUUGUAGCACCAAAGAAAUGAAAGCAGAUCACCCCUAAAGCCGAGCAAACCUUUGGUACCCCAGCCCCUCCGGCCCUUCGCUAAGACCCCAGUGACGAGGCGGGGAGGCAGGCAGGGCAGAUGACUCAGGGAUCACGGUGGCCAGGGAGGCGGUGAAGCGAGAGGCCCUUGCUCAUGCAGGUCAGGUCCAGAAACCACACGGUUCUGAAGAUGGUUCCUGACCCAUUUGCUGCCAGAGCAGGGCUGGUCCCACACCCCUACCCCCAGUUCCCCAGGGUGGGGACAGAAUGGCUCCCCUUCACUCAGCAUUGCCACCUCAGGGCAGGGGCAGGCCGGGGAGGCCCUGGGCCUUGUAGAGGCCUUGUAGAGCCGUCCCAGGGAUAAGGGGAUGCCGUGAGUUCCGUCCUCCCUUGGGCCCCUGGGCUGGAGCAGGCCGCUCCCGUGUUGGGAAGAUGGGGUGAUUGUCACACCAGGCUCAUCUCUGGUUGAGUCUGCCCUGCAGAGCUCACAGAACACCGCUCACUGUGACGUCAUCUGGCUGUGGUGGUGACAGGCCACGCUGGCAUGAGCUGUCACACAGCUAGCAUUCGGCCCUGUCUGUGAAAGGAAAGGGAAAUCAAAAGCUGGAGCACAAAACAGCUCCCUCAGCCUGGUAAGCUGCACUCUGCCGAACGCAUCUUCUCACUCCCUCCCCAGCCUUCCACACACUUACACACACACACACACACACACACACACAGCCCCACCCAGCGGGGUCUGACCCUCUUCUGGCCUCAGGAGCCUUCCCGCCUUACCCACCAGGUAAGCGCAGGCGGUGGGAAGAGAAGAGUGUCUGGGAUCCGGUGCCAGGAAGGGCCCGGUUGGCUGGCGCUGGGCCCACUUGAAAGUGUCGCAACAUUUGGCCAGUGUGUCUUUCUCAGGGGUUUGGUCACGAAGGAUGGACUCUUUUAGCCGGAGGACACAGGGACAGUGCACUGUGGCUUUCUGGUCAUUGGAUCCUCUCCCCUUCCCCAGGCAGCUUGCCCAGCCAGCUUUGCCCUCUCAGCAAACCCUUGCUGCCCUCGAGGACAACAGCAGGGUCUCAGCCCGGAAGCCCAAGAGUCAGGGAUGCCAGCAGGUGCCCCAGGAGCGGGGCCCUGGGCAAGAGAAGCUUUCCCUGAAGGUGCAGUCCUGAAGGCCACAGGGCAGGCAGUGGGCCGGGGCCGCUUCGUCCCCACCCCUCCCUCCCCUCCCCAUCUGUGUACUCUGACCAGGAAAAUGUGCUAGCACAUGGGUAGCCUAGGCAGUGGAUAAAUACCUCAGACGUCCUCUUGCAGCAAGUGUCUGUAUAUGUUGUGGUUAUUUUCUAUCUUACAUGUUCUCGAAUGUUUAUAUUUCAAUAAACCUCUACCUCUUCACACAA